ACACUACGUAAAUAAAAACAGUUUAAAACACCAACAUUUUUAGAAGGUCUGGUUAAAGAGGAACAUCUUUAGCAAGCUCCAAGAACACAGUAGAGAAGUUACCUGUCUGAUAUGCAGCAGUCUGUGGCCUCACUGGCCUUGUUACAUGUAAACUUAUUUCUUAUAGAUGUCAAUUUCACGUUGAUAUCUAUUUGGACAUCUGGAGGGCUUAUAUUAACUUGUUUCAUGUAGGUUGGAUGUGCUGGUUGUUACUUUAUUCCUAAUGUGAGCUGGUGGUGUUUUUCAUUAUUAUUCAUAUCUUUUUCAUUUAUUUUUAAUGUUUUCUUUUUUUUUGGUCAACUUUGCCAAAACAACGUGAUGGGAAGGAGUCCUAAAAGGUAGAUGCUGCCACACUAAAAGCCCAAUUGGAAUGGACUUCCUGACAGGAUGGUAUCUGUGGGGUGCCCUCUCUUGUAGAAUGCGGUGAUCAGUUAUUUAUGUAGGGGAUGAGUGAGCAGAUCUCUUUAUGUGUUUCGAUCCUGGAGCGGUUCCUCCAAGUGAUGGACCCCCUGUACGUAAUCCAAAACUUUGGUGAAGAACUUCAGAAAGGGCUCUUCCAUCCAGAUGAUUCAGUCAAAAUUCUAACAAUAUCCCAGGUCGGAAGGAUAGUUGAAGACCCUGAGGCUGUUAGAGAAAUCCUCAACACCCCUGAGUUGUUGAGGCAGGUCAUUUAUAGUAUUGCUGGAGAGAAAAUUGCAGUGGCGAAAGAGGCCAUCAAGUCACUGUCGAGGGUGGCAGAAACACCCGAGGGCUUGGAGGCUUUGCUUGCCGGCAACUUGCUAGUCGACUUGAAAAACGUCAUGGCCAAGAGUGACAUCAUACGCUAUCGUGUGUACGAGCUAGUCAUUGAUAUUUCCUCUGUGUCAGCGGAUUCAUUGAAUUACUGCGUGAACAGCGGAUUAAUUUCGGAUCUGAUUGGGGAGCUGACCGGGAACGAUGUGCUUGUCAGGGCUACUUGCAUAGAGAUGGUGACAUCACUUGCCCACACUCACCACGGACGUCAAUAUCUCGCCCAACAAGGCAUCAUUGAUAAGAUUUCCAAUAUAAUCAUCGGGGCUGAUUCUGAUCCCUUCUCAGGCUUCUACUUGCCAGGCUUUGUGAAAUUCUUUGGCAACUUGGCUAUAGUCGACAGCCCCCAGCAGAUCUGCGAGCAAUAUCCCGCCUUUGUGGACAAAGUCUUCAGCAUGGCCGAAAGCCACGACCCGACCAUGUUUGGCGUGGCGGUGGACACCCUCGGCAUCUUGGGGUCGAAUGUGGAGGGGAAGCUGGUGCUGCAGAAGAGGGGGAGUAGAUUUCAGCAUGUGCUAAACAGAAUAGGACAUCAAGCAAAGAAUGCCCCAACAGAACUCAGAGUCCGGUGUCUCGAUGCCAUUUCAUCUCUUUUGUAUCUGCUGCCGGACCAGCACACAGAAGACCUUCUGGGGAUGACAGAAUCCUGGUUCUCCUCUCUGUCCAGCCAGCCCUUGGAACUCUUCAGAAGCAUCAGUACCCAGCCCUUCCCUGAUUUGCACUGUGGUGCUUUAAAGGUCUUUACUGCUAUUGCUAAUCAACCCUGGGCCCAGAGGAUGAUGCUUGCUAGCCCGGGCUUUGUGGAGUACAUUGUAGACAGAUCGGUGGAACCAGACAAAUCUUCAAAGGAGGCCAAAUACGAACUUGUUAAGGCCCUGGCCAAUUCGAAGACCAUCGCUGAGAUCUUUGGAAACCAGCAUUACUUAAGCCUCAGGGCGUACCUGCGCGAAGGGCCAUAUUAUGUCAAGGCUGUUUCGACUACAGCUGUGGAGGGAGCUGAAUAACCUUGGAACAACUGCUCUAUGGUAAUUCUAGGGAUGGUGAUAAUGAUGUUGGACUUCUGGAGGGGAUUUGACUUUGGUUAUAGAGGAGGGGUAAAAACACACAACAAAAAUCUGAGGAAGGAAUUGGUUUGGUCAUUCCCUCCCCCUUUUGACUCUGAAAUGGCAGGUAACUGGGUAGAAAUGUUGUCUGUACUAGUCGGGUAUAUUCUUCCCUGGGAGUUUCAGUGCUCAGUCAACAGCUGGGAUGUGGUGUUUGUGGAUCAUGGCAACCUUUAUAAAUGGCUGCUUUUCUUCCUUGUGUAAAUCCUUCAGUGAGAGAGGCAUUGUUCUCAGGACUGGACUUCGCAAGGCGGCCAGAUUGCUAAAGCGUUGAAAGUGUGUGUAUGUUGGGCAAUUUUCCCAUGCCCCCAUCCUAUCCUAUUUGAAGAAAAUCCUCCAGCCUUCUAGAGGCUUUUUUUUUAAAGGGGGGGAGACACGCGAAAGUCCCCUCGCGCAUGUUUCUGUUCGUGUUAUUUAGAAUCCAUGCGACUGUCUGUGGAAGAGAGAGAUGCUGAUGUAGGCAUGUCUUCCCUUGGAGCACAUAAAGUCUUAUAUUUUUGAUCAGA